CGUUGCGAUCAUAGUUGCUAGGUUAACUUGAUCUCGUGAGUGAUUCCUUGAAAUUAAAGAAUUGCUUUGCUUUGACAAAUCCACAGACUUGGGUCUUCUAAACCAUUAUGGCAUGAAAAAUCUAGCUUAACAAGCUUCAUAUACAUUCUCAACACGACCUUGUCAGUGUGGUCUCCGAUUCCUUUUCAUGGAUCCUGCUUUCAACACAUUCAGCCGAGAGUUCAUUGACACCAUUAAUUCCUUCAUCUAUUUAAGGAGCCUUUCUUGACCUGAACUGAGGCUCUUUACCUGAUCUUCUAGCCAUGAGACGCUUAUCGCUAACUACCACAAGCUUUGCCUCAUUAUCGGCUAGACCAACAGCAAGCGAGACCCAACCGGAAGAUGAUGGGUCACCCGCAACGCCACAGCGCAUCAGAAUUGAAGAUGGCGACAAAAAGGUUGCAAACAGGAGAAUUAAAGAUGUUGAAAUAAGUGUUCCUGUGGUACAUGGAACAAUUGCAUUUUACCUUGGUCGAAAGGCCAGUGAGUCCCAGUCACAUAAGUGGACAGUCUAUGUACGUGGGGUGACAAAUGAAGAUCUCGGGGCAGUCAUAAAGAGAGUUGUGUUCCAAUUGCAUCCCAGUUUUAAUAACCCUACAAGAGUGGUAGAAUCGCCUCCUUUUGAAUUAUCAGAAUGUGGGUGGGGUGAAUUUGAAAUUGUCAUCACCAUUGUCUUCCAUAGUGAUGUCUGUGAUAAGCAGUUGGACUUGUAUCACCAUUUGAAAUUGUACCCUGAAGAUGAAACAGGUCCACAGUCAACCAAGAAGCCCGUUGUAGUGGAAUCUUACAAUGAGAUUGUCUUUCCUGAUCCUUCUGAAAGCUUUUUCACCCGUGUGCAGAAUCAUCCAGCUGUAAUUGUGCCUCGGCUGCCUGCUGGAUUUAACUUGCCUACUCCUGUUCCAAUUGAAAAUCUGAAAGAAAGGGAGAGAGGAGACACCAAAGAUCAUCCACUGAGCCACUGGUUCUUGAAUUUUUCAGAGGCAGAUGAGCUUUUGAAACUUGCAGCAGCUCGUCAGCAGGUGCAAGCUCAUAUUAUUAAGCUGAGAAGACAAUUGAAUGUGAUAGAUGGGCUACCUCAAUCAUCUAUAACAGCCUCGGCUUACGAUUUAUGAAUGUAUAUGGUCAUGCUAGAUUAAGGUUGGAGAUUCAUCAUCAAAAUUAAAUUAUGGAAGACACUUGCCUGUGGUAAUGAGAUGUACAAAGUUUGGAAUAGCCAGGAUCUAUUUGACGGUCUCUGUAGUUUUCGCUGUAGGGUAUGACUUCUACUUAUGUAAAGAGCAAAAUACUCUGGGAGAAUUUUAUGAACAAUAGAUGGUCGUAUAGAAAUUUCUUGGGUGAGAAUUGAUGAACAAUUGCUGUUCUGUUCUUUUCUCUUGUAAUAGCAAUGGAGCAAAGAAAAUUUUCCAAAGUUGCUUAACAUGUUCGUCUGUCUCAAUUGAGUGGAAUGUUUAUGAU